CGGCAGAUUGUCGAGUAGAGAAAAUGGAAGACAAGCAGAAGCGGUUCUCUCUUUUUUUCUCAUUGAUCGUCUUCGUGGAGUUGUGCUUAUUUGCUUAGGAAAGCAAUUUAGUAAUCAUCACGUUCAUGUGAUGACGUGUCACGAUGAUAGGGAAGAAAAAACGAUGGGUGAAGAGAGGUGCGUGGUCCUUUCGUGUACAGUAUGGUUGUUAUAGUGCAAAAAAAUUGAUCGUGAGUUGAUUGAUUCUUUUAUUUUAUGUAGUACUAAUUAGUGUUAUUAAGUUUAUGGAUUGUUUUUGCCGUCUUGUAGACGAUGGGUAAUAUCCGCAGUCAAGUUAUAGAGGAAAUUCAAUCCGUGCCGACGAAGGUGCCGAUUGCGUGGAAGCGGAGACGACCGAUCGGUAAGAUCGGGGGUGGGCCGGCGAUCGGGAUAGAUCUGGGUACUACCAACUGCUGCGUGGCAGUUUGGAGAAAUGGCGGCGUAGAGAUUAUACGGAACGAGGAGGGGGGAACGAUCGUGCCGUCCUGCGUGGCUUUCCCGCCAUCUGGCGGCUGCCUCGUUGGCGGGAUUGCCCGGGAUCAAGCCCUCGAGAAUGUCGCGAAUACUCUGUUUCAUGUGAAGAGGUGGUUGGGGCGCAAGUACGACGACGUUAGCCGUAGCGCUUCGAUGUGUCUGUGGCCUUACCGAUUUGCUCGUGGACCGGACAGCGAUGGGGGUGAUGGGGAUGAGUGCGUGAUUGAGGUCGACCAGGAGGGCGGUGUGAAGCUUAGGCUGACACCGGAGAAGGUGUCCUCGUUGAUCUUGAUGAAGCUGAGGGAAAUGGCGGAAGAGUGCCUGGGUUGCCCCGUCAGCAACGCCGUAAUCGCAGUUCCCGCCAAUUUCAGCCAAUCGCAGAAGCAGGCGACUAAGAGGGCGGCGAUUUUGGCAGGCCUGAAUGUCACGAGAUUGAUGACGGAAUCGUCGGCGGCGGCGUUCACGUACGCCCUGCGGACGAACAAUGUCGCCAGUCUGUCGCCGGCGGAUCCGCUGAUGAGGACGCUGAACAGGAGGUGGAUCGGGAUCUCGACCGACAGCCUUUCGGACGCCGGCAGCAAUUGCUGCCGCCACGUGUUCGAUGGUAGAAGCGACGGCCAGUCGCAGAAGACGCUGAUGGUGGUCGAUUGGGGAGGCGGGACGUUCGACGUGUCCAUAUUGAGAGUGAGCGGGAUGGAGUUCCGGGUGAUCGCCACGGCGGGCGACUGCCAGCUGGGAGGACAGGACAUCGACGACGCAAUGGUGACGCAUUUUGCGCGGGAAAUCAGUCGCAAGCAUAAGUUAUCGAUUACGGACAACGCGCGCGCGCUGAGGCGGCUGAGAAUGAAAUGCGAGAAGCUGAAGCACAAGCUCUCUUCCAGCGAAUCGUAUUCGCUGAUCGCGGACGGAUUGUGCAAUGGUCACGACUUCACGAUGCAAAUGACACGAAGUCAGCUGGAAGAAAUGUGCAGGCCGAUCUUUCAGCGCUGCAUCGAUCUCGUACGACGCGCUCUGGAGGACGCGGAGGUCAGCAAAUCGGAGAUCGGAAAGCUGAUUUUGGCGGGAGGCUCAAUGCGGAUCCCGAAGAUUCAGAGAAUGUUGUCCGAUCUUUUUGGCGGGAAGCAAUUAUGCAAGGUCAUUCAUCCGGACGAGUGCAUCGCUUACGGCGCGGCAGUGCAGGCGGCAUUGCUGACCGGGGAGGCGAGCCUGAACGUUCUCGAUCUCGAAGUAGUGGAGACGGUGCCCGUUAGCAUAGGGUUUAGCGAUGUGCGCGGGAAUUUCGUACGGCUGAUCAAACGGAACACUCCAUUUCCUGCCAGAGUGAUUGAACCUAACUGUCGUACGCCGUUCGAUGGCCGUACGAUGGGCACGGUGUCUGUCUAUGAAGGAGAGAGGGUUAAGUGUGACGAAAACGUGUUUCUAGGCGAUGUAGUUCUGGACGGAUUGCGACCGGGACCACCGGGCAGCGGCAACGAGAAAGUGCCGCUGGAGAUCAUGUUCGAGAUCGAUGACGAUGGGAUCUUAACGGCUACGUUGAGUGACAAGUUGACAGGGAGGUAUGCGUGUCGAUCUUUCGGACGGAGAUGGGGUCGGUGCACGGACAGCGAGGGGAGGACGGCGGCGAAGAUAGCGUCCAACGUGGAGGAUGAGGAUGCAGCUGAUUUGACAAAGUCUACAGCCAGAUGGAGACUGACGGAGUAUGUGCAUCGAUUGAGGUGGAGGUUGAGUUUCGUGACGGAGCGCGCGACCAGAUCGAGAAUGAUGAAGAUCCUGGACGCCGAGGAGAGGUGGCUCUCCGAUAACGAGCGCAAGCUCUUUGAUGUUUGCGAGUAUCACUCUCAUGAUGAGACCGAGGGAGCACACUUUCGCCUAUCUGCGCUAGAAGAGGAAUGUUUUGGCGCGCUUUUGGAUGACUCGUUAAUGCUACUUGCAAUGUCGUCUCGAAGUCUCGUCGGGAUGGGACUCUCGGAAGAAUUAGAGGUGAAGUGGGGGAAGGGAGGCGGCGGGAGGGUGGGGAGGGGGAAGGUCGGGGAUUGACAAAAUCAUGAGGUGCUAGCCGUGCGAGACCUGAUGUUCGGUGGGUAGUGCCACGUGUGCGCGCGUUGGCGCGCGCGAUGCAGUGUGACACGUGUCGUUGUGACUGGCGGUCAUCCCCGUAGCUGGUGCAAGAGAAGAAGAGUGUUUAAAUAGUUGAGCUGUUGACGUCGUGACUCUCAUGGAUGCGUCCGUUUUCACAUUUCCUGAAAAGGAAAGUGUUCGAUGGAUCGCGAUCGCGGUGAUUGCAAGCGCCUUCCACAUCCGUCGUCGUGAUUGGUUGUUUCUCUGCUGCUGACGUGUCAAACAUCGAACAGAAGAUGGGAUACGAAGUGAUUUUGUGCGGUGGUCGGUGAGAAUAAACGACAAACGCAUAA